AUGAAGUCAUUCACGCUCUCCGCCAUGGCGGCAUUGGCUGCCACAGCCUUUGCACAAACACACACCGACUGCAACCCGCUCAACAGCACAGGAUGUCCCAGCAUGCAGGCUCUCGGCAGCAACGCCACAUUCUUCUUCAACAAGACCGGCAUCCCGUCCAACGACAAAGUCUGGAAGAAGCAGAAUCAGGGCACCCAAGACUGGGACGAGAAAGGCGGCGCGACAUUUACUAUUGAACGCUCCGGGGACUCCCCCAUGGUGCAAUCCAAGUUCUACAUGCUCUUUGGCCGCUUCGAAUCCGAAGCCCUCGACGAAAUCGACUGGGAAUUCCUCGGCAGCAACAACACCCACGUGCUCACCAACUACUUCGGCAAAGGCAACACAUCCGCAUACGACCGUGGCAAGGAAUUUCCCAUGGCGCCCCCGCAAGACGAGUUCCACAACUACACUAUCGACUGGACCAAGGAUCGCAUCCAGUGGUGGCUUGAUGACAAGAUGGUGCGUGAACUUGUCCCUGCCCAGGCCCUUGGUGGGAAGAACUACCCGCAGACACCGAUGAACAUUCGUCUGGGCAUGUGGGCGGGCGGCGACACCAAGAAUAACGACCCCGGUGUUGUAAAGUGGGCGGGCGGCGAGACCAACUUCGAAGACGGCCCGUUCACCAUGAUGGUCCAGCAAGUCUACGCCAAGGACUACACGGAGGCCAAGGAGUACUCGUGGGAAGGCAUGGACGCCUCAGGCUCGUGGGAGAAAGUAAAGGUCAUUGCUGGCGGCCCAUCCGACCCCUCCCCCGCCCUGAAAGAAAUCCAAUCCCCCUCCGGCGUCAAGAACCGCUGGGCCGCGCUCCCCACAGGCGCCAAAAUCGGCAUCAUCGCCGGCUCGCUCGGCCUUUUCGUCGUGCUGCUCUGCGUCAUGGCCUUCUGUUGCAUCAAGCAGCGCCGCGCGGGCAAGCGUGAACACGCUGCACUCCUUGCGGACGAGCAGAAGGAAGCCGCUGAACUGCAGGCGUACAAGCAGCAGAUGCAGGGCGGGAAGUUCGCUAUGGGUGGUGGGUACGCGAAGGUUUAA